AUGCGGUUGCGUCUAGAAACGUUUUAUGACGAGCAAGUGCUAUCGUGGAGCAAGCUGUUGCUCUCGAUACUCGGCCUCUGGCCGGAGAGUCACGACAAUUUAAAAUUUUUCUUCUUCGCCACGUACAUCAUAUGUGUUACAGCGUUGUUGAUCGUGAAUCUGCUACAAAAUAUGCACGAUGCCGAGAGGAUCAUGAGGAACAUCACUUUUUCCUUCCCGAGCGUGCUGAUCGUGCUGAAGAAUCUGAUGUUCCGAUGGAAGAUGAACCAACUGUCCUCCGUAUUGGAAGCUGUGAGGAAAAACGUCGGGGAGGGACUUUAUCAAAGCCCCGCUGAGAAGUGCAAAGUGAUUUGGUAUAACGUGGCGUCGACGUUAUUCGCCACAUCGUCCGCUACGUCAUUGUUCUUUGUUCCUACGUUAUAUUACACAAUACCAAUUCUCAGCUGCAUUCUAUCAAGUUCCGGCAACUGCACUCUUCCGUACGAGCUGCCUGCUCGCGUAAAUCUCGUCUACGAGAUAUCGGAGAUGCGCUCGUACGCGCUAUUUUGCGCGAUUUUAAUGCCAUCCAGCACGCUCCUGACGAUCGGCGCGACCGCAGCGGACAGUCUUCUGGUUUCCCUGACGUUUUAUUUGUGCGGUCAGCUGUCAAUUCUCGGUCAUCAUGUGAAAAAUACCGAUCCGCGAUCCCUCAAGUAUCAUUACGAGAUGAAGGUUCUCAUGGUGCGUCACGCGGAGCUCUUGCGAUUAGCGAGCAUCCUGGCGGAUACGUUUAGUUCGCUUAUGUUCGUGCAGACGAUGGGUCUGAUAUUUUCCCUCUGCAUUGUGGCGUAUCAACUUCUUAUGAACGUGGAAAGCGGCAAAGGAUUGAAUGAAAUCAUUCAUUUCAUGAUUUACUCGGCAGCAGUAGUAUUGUUGGCGUUCUGCUAUUGUUUCCUGGGAGAAUGUUUGAUUAGCGAGAGCGUGGCAUUGGAUUGGGCGUGUUACUCCACAAACUGGCACGAAUUGCCAAUUGAGUCCGUGCGUCUUCUAAUGAUAUGCAUUGCUCGAUCACGAAAGCCGUUAUGUUUAACGGCCGGAAAGUUUUAUAUCUUUUCCCUGGAAACAUUCGGCACGGUAAAUUUGACGAUUCUUUACGGAAUGAUCUUGAGGCAGGACAGCCACGGAUACUUUACGCGAGCCUUUUAUAUUUCUCAUUCGCUCGAUCGCAAAUCAAUUGGAAUGGCCGAGGAUACAACGCAUUUUUUCUUUACAGAUCAUGAAGGCGUCCAUGGCGUAUCUGUCGGUGUUGAGAACCAUUACAUAGAUCAGCGGACUGAAUAACAAAUGACGAUAGAUUUUAACUUACCCGACACGUGGAAGUUCACGAGAUACUUAUUUUUUGAACGAUAAAAACAAUUAUUUUUGUGUAACGUGUAAAGUGAUGAUCGAUAAGGCCGAUUAUAAAACUGUCAUUCAAGCGGAAAAUAUCAACUGAAUAACAAAGAUUAACCUUACACCGCAAUUGACCGCAGAUCGCAAUGUUCAGUUACAUUCGAUGUGAAGGAUGAUGGACAGGCGGACAGACGGGCGCAGAAGAAAGAAAAUUUGUCGAUCACGACAGAGCGAGACGAAUUGAAUUCGAGACAAUUCACUGAGACAACACGCGCUGAAAUUUCGCCUCGCUCUGAAGCGCGACGCGACAUCGCGCAGAUUUUGGCUGGAGGAGACGUGGAAAAGAAAAAUUUAUUUCUGUUUAUUCAGAAAAGAUACAGAGAGUGUACAUCUGUUGAAUGAUACAAAUCAUAACGUGUCCUUGCCUUUUAUGCCUAUUGCCGGUUGCGAGAGUGCGAGCGGCGUCGAUCGGUGAUUGUUGCGCGCGCGCGCGUAUUACAACAAUUCGUCUUCGAUUCUGCCGGUCGAGCGGCAUGCACGCGAAACGCCAAACAACGAUACUCGCGACGCGUUUUUCGCAUUUCUUCGGGGGGAACAUUCGCAGAAAUGUCCGGAAAGUCGCAGAAUCGCACGCCCGGGGAGAAAUCGCGGUUGUUGAUCAGCGAUCGAAGGGUACGUCUCUCGUGGACGUAACGUGAGAAUCGGCUGCUCGCAGAAACGUCACGCACGACCGAGAUGCGUGCAAACGUAAACUCAUGCGGCUCGCAAUGUGUCUCUCUUUCUCUCUCUCUCUCUUACGAUCUCAGCAAGCAGCCGAGACCGAUUCGCGAGGACACGCGCGCGAUCGUUCCCGUAUAACAUGGGGCUUUUCCCACACGUGUUUCCAGCCGAUUGAGAGUAUUAAUCUCCCCGCUUGAUUUCUCAUCGCAGGAUCAGAGAAAGUUCCAACGUGAUUCGGCGUUUCUGUGAAAUUCCAAGCGUCUGUCCCGAAGGGACGAAUUCAGGACCGGAACUCUCGAUGCGGACGCGGCAACAGAAUAAAUAUUUAUGUACAGGAGGCUCGAGGUACGAAGGAGACACAUCGUGUGUAUACGGUAAAAUCUGCAAGAAUUCUUACAGCGAAGUUUCGACAUCCGUGAUAUAAGACGUGGGAUCCUGAGCGAUCCGUUACGGGUUUUCCCGGGCGCGCGGAUCACGUGCUUCUCUCACGAGAUAAAUCUCUCUCCGCGCUCUCGGUUUUUCCUUUAAACCGCAUCUCUCUCUCACUCCGUUUCGUAUCCCCUUCUCUCCCCUCCUCUCCUCCGGUGUUUCUCUUCAUACGCAACAAAAGGAUAAGAUUGCGGAGAUGAGAUAGUAUGCCCGUUUUCGCGUUAGUUCCUUGCCCUAUAAAUUGAAAUCGCGACAACCACGUCAGCCAACGGUGGUGGUUUUCAGGACGGAAGAGGCUACGCGAAAAUUCAGAGGAUGUGCUACAGACAUGUCUAUGGUUGUUUCCGAGAGAAAUUAUGAAUUGAACACGCCACAGCCUCGAAGCUGAACGAGAGGGAACGUCGAUAAGGCUCGACGUAUACAAGGAUAAUAUUGAUGUUCACUGCUCGCGAUCCCUGAUGGCAAUUCCCGGCUAACGAUCGUGGACAACGAUCCUCAUUCUUAUUCUCGUUCGCAUUCAAUUCUCGUUUCAGUUGUAUGUGUGCAAUGUACAAUUUCCCAAGCUUAAAACCUAUUAUUAUGCAAAUGAUGAGCGGUAUAGUCGAUGCACGACGGAAACGGCGAUUACAGUUUCACGAAAAACCGAAUAAGUUGAGAAAUACGAAUUUUCAGAGCUCCAUAGAAAUAUAAAGGGAGCUCGGAAAAUUACAUGUUCAUUUAAAGAAUGUGGCAAUUUGAAUAUGUAUAUACGAAUUUAUAUAUAUAUACACACACACACACAUGUGUAUGGAGAAGCAUGUGUAAUAACAUUACAGAUAUAAAUCGUAUAUGAACAUAUUUCAACUUUUGGCAAAUUAUAACUUGUCUGGUUUUUCGUGAAUAAUCGAUUUUUCUUGUGUAUCGACUGUAUUGUAUAUCGUUGGGAAUUUAUGUGAUUAACAGGAUUUAUGUGAUUAACAGGUGGCAGAGAUGUAUAUACUAUUGCAUGCAAACGAAAGAAACGAAAUCUCAGGAAAUCGGCAGAUCCGAAUGUCAUGGCAUUUGUUUAAGAUGAUCGAGGAUCACCCGAUAUAAAACGAUCUUAGUGACACGGGCGAUGUAGUGAUCAUGCUUAACACAAACACUCGGUACGAGUGAAAAAUGUAUUAAGAAACGUUAACGCUUAUUUUACAAAACAAAUAUACACGUAUUCUUCGUAAUAGCGUUGACAUUUUAUUUUAUGCAUUUUAUCUCAUAAUGUCAUUCGAAAUUAUGUCAUCCUGCGAGGUCCUCGACUAACCCAUAUCAUUCCCUAACUAAAAGAUGCCCCCCCCCCCAAAAAAAAGUAUUGCACAGUGAUUUAUACGCUGCGAGAUAUUUAAUCAUUCCAUACUAAAAACACAGAUUAUACGUUUCCACUUUUGUUAAUUCUGUAAUUAUAUGUAUAUGUAUAAAUGCAGUACAAUAUAAACUGAUUACAAAAGCUGCGUUCCGACAUUCACUGUCAGUAUUGAAAAUCUAUAGUUCAUGUUACUAGAGAUUUUUAAUACUGGCAGAAUUUUUAAUACUGGCUGAAUAUCGGAACGCAGCCAAAGAACGAAUAACAAAAUAGAUAAAUGUCAAAGUUUACGGAGACAGUCAACAUGACACGUUCUUCUUAUCGUCAAAUAGAGAUCCUCAGCCAUCAAUUUAAGAAGCAUAAUCAAUUUAAGGAACUUGUAUAUCAACACGUGCUAUUUUUUUUAAAUAACGAUGAAGUUAUACGUAUGUGCGAAAAUAAUGACUUUUCCGAUAGUGAGUUUUGUUUCUAAAUAUUUGCGUUUCACACGAAAUAUAUUUAUCCUAACAAAUCCUGAGAACAGUGUGACGAGAAGUUAGAAGAAAUUAUGCAAGUUACGAGUAUCUUGCCAGCAACAAUUGCCAAAUUAUGUUUAAUGGAAAAUAAUUUAAACUGAGUACAUUUUUCUUCCUUUUCUUUUCUAAGAAAUGUUAAAACGUUUGUGAAAUAAAAUAUACGAUACAUUUCGUGAUAUAUUCAUGGAAAUUCGAGCCUUACUUAUAUUACUUGUAUAAUAAUUUCUCACAUUUUGCAUUAUUUAUAUAAUCAUUCUGUACAAUAUUCUCGAAUAAAUCUACGGACUGAUAUAACAAACGGUAUAUAUAAUUUUGGAAAUGUUUUUCUGCAAGUAUUGCAACGUAUGUAUAUAUUGAAGUUUCGCGAUAAGGAAAACAAAUAUAUUUUCUUAUAAAAUGUGAUUUCAGGAGGAUGUUCUGCGGCUGAACAAAAAAGAACGCUAUUCUAAAGUUAUGAUAUCUUCGCGUAUAAGUAUGAGAAGACAAAAAUGAGACGAUAAUACAUAAUUUCGUUUUAUAUAUGGUCUCUUGCUCGGAACGAAAUGGUUAUUUUCACACAAAUUGUAGAUUAAAUUUCAGCUGCGAGUUUCGGAUCAAACUUCGGUUUUUUACUAUUGAUGGAAAAUAUAAGAGUGCGCGCGAGAGAGAUAAAGGGAGGGGGAAAAUAAUUAUUAAAGAGGUUUAUAGGAAUAUAAUCCUCUCUUCCCCUUCUCCCCUCACACUAAUGAAAUCUAUGUGGGACACUUACAAUGCCGAUCACUGCAUAAUAAAUCUACGGACAUUUUACCGGUUUCAUGGAAUAAUAAUUCAGUUUCGCGAAUAAUUAUUGAGAAAAAACAUAGUGGUGUUGCGUCACUGUCGCGUCAUGCUGACGUCGAUACUUGUGAAAGGUAAGAGUUCACGAUCGAAUCACGGACGCAUCCAGUCCUUGCACGCUACCAUAUAUGUACAGAUAUUUUUGUCGUAGAUUAGAACGUGAAGUGAUCGCGAAUCUACGAAAAAGUGACGCGGAAGCAAGGCACCGUUGCUGUUUAUAAGUGUACGAGGGCAAAUACGAAAUUCUCGGGGACCUGUAUCUUGCGCUGCUGUGCAGCGAUAUGUACCUGUGCCGAUAAUUACAUCGGUAAGGAUAUACAGGUGCUGAUCAAUAAAUAAAAUGACUCGACAAAAUGGAGAACAUGAAAGGGAGCAGCUUGUCGUUUCAGCACACUUACGAAUAUGUACAUAAGUAACGGAAUGAUUUGUAAUCACUGUACAUGAAAUCACAGCACUUACAAAGCGUUAGGACGCGGCUGAAAGUUUCAUGUCGCACACUUGAAGAUCAACACGCAGCUGUUAAAUUGCGCGUCGUGCAAAACUAUAUUCGUUUCAACGAUAAUCAUCAUCGAAUCGCGACUUCUGUAGUGUUGCCUGCGAAAACGCUCUCAGGUUGGUGAAAACUAAUCCCAUCUAAAUUAAUCGUAGGCGAGACGAUAUACGCAUCUCUCAAUAAAGACUUGACGAACUGAAAAAAAGCGUGUGACCUAGUAAGUGUUUUACUUUGCAAGUGCCCGACUUUUACAUACAUUACGCAGUAUAUUCGCAAGUUUUCUUCUUUAAAAACAUCCGAGUGAACAUCAAAUACCUUGUAGCUUACGAUAGCGGACAUGUCUUUAACACGUGAAUCGAGGCGGUAAUAUCAAGAAAGGUAAUUGAAAUCGCGACUAAAGGUCAGAGCCGUGGGAGCAAGGGCAAUUGUACACCUAAAAAAAAAAAA